GUACUUUUGUCGGACUUGCUCUAAACGGAAAUUAUAGCAUCUGGUCAAUAAGGAAAUCCCAGUUAUUAAUUCUAAUAUUUGGAUUAUAAAGAGAAUUUUCAUGAUAGAACACAAGCGUUAUACUAUUCAUACAGUUAUAUGACGUAAAUGGAACGGAAACUGACUUAUGUGGUGGUCAAAAGGGGCAAUAUAACUUUCAUGGACAAGAUAUACAUCACUUAUUGGGAUCAUCCUUCCACAAAAUGACAAGGAAGGCGAACAGACUACGAUUUCAUACAUUAACUGUCAUGAACAAAAUAGAAUUAGUUUACCCUUCAGUUAACAGAGUGACAGAAGUGUUAAUAAAUGAUCGAUGUCUAGAUUAUAUCACUAACAGCACUCUUCUUGAUAAUAGCAUCUCAAAGAUUCAUCUAUUCACCAUUCAAUUUAAUAUGCUUCAAGAAGCUAGAGAAGUUGUGAACCAGUUACAUGCUCCUCCGAAUAAUUUUGGUUUCAGUCUGUUACGACUAAGAAAUAGCUACCUCAAAUCAUUGAUGUGUGAAAUUUCAAUGAUAAUGCAUAUUUUAGAACAACCAGUCCCCUCGACAACAGGAAAAUAUGUGCAACUGUGUAAGAACCUUGACAGAACGGGAAAAUAUGAACAAGGAUAUUUUCUUCUGGAUAGAAUUGAGAAAUUGUCACGGACUCUUCAUUCCCAGUAUUCAUCUCUUCGACCUGAUGACGUAUUGUUUUAACUUUACAAACUAAAUAAAGAUUUCUAGUCAAGAAAUCAAAUGAGUAGCACUUAUAGUGCUUUAUGUGUAUAUUGGUAUCAGGUGCAAUAGUCAUCAUUGCCAAGAUUACAAGAUAAAUAGUUUUUGAAGUAAAGUAAAUUUAGAUUUGCGCGAUUAAUUAGGUGUGGUAAUAGUAUUUAUAACUGAACAAAACUUUACAUGGAUUUUGGAUUUAUUUAUUAUCAUUAUCUUUAUUAUUUAUCAUUUUGAUCUUGUCGCAUUAACUCUUUUCUUUCUUACUAAGCAUUUUGAUUCCCUUGCAUUUAUUUUAUUUUUUAUUAUUUUGAUUAUGUCCCAUUGAUUUUAUUCUUUAUCAUUUUUAUUUUGACGCAAUGAUUUAAGUCUUCA